AUGGGCGACGACUUUCAGUACGUAGAGGCCCAGCGCUGGUACACUAAUAUGGAUACACUUAUCCGCGAAAUCCGACGAAACUAUUCCUCGUCCAUCGAUAUCUUCUACUCGUCGCCCAAUUGUUACGUUAAGGCUAUGAAUGAGUUGAACCGUACGUACGAGGAAAGGGGUGCCGUUGACUAUCUCAACUACUGGACCGGCUAUUAUACGAGUCGACCGGCGCUUAAAUACCAGGAUAGGAUCAGCAAUAAUUUACUUCAGGCGAGCAAACAAUUGGAAGUUUUGGCACAAUUAGACCACAAAAAGACUGGUGUAUUGCUGGAUGAGGCCCGUAAUGAACAGGCAGUCCUUACACAUCACGACGCCAUCACCGGUACUUCACCGCAGGUUACGGCCGACGACUACUCGGGUCGCCUACAGAGCGGUUACGCCGCCGGUAAAGAGGUUAUGCGGAAGGCAUACAGUUAUCUGAAGUCCAGGGACCAGACAAAGACAGUGGCGUCGAGUGAAGUGUUUUGCGAUUUACUGAAUAUAACGGAUUGCAGUCUAACGGAGACUAGCGAUAGGAUUGCGGUCACUGUCUAUAACCCAAUCGCCAGACCUAUCGCUCAGUACCUCAGAGUUCCGGUCGUUGAUGGCGUGUAUGCAGUGUUUGAUGCAAACGGUGCACCGGUAUCUCAAAAAGCAUUACUACCCGUAUCUGAGGCCGUGAGAGAACUGCCCGAAAGGAAAGGCAGUUUAGGCACUCAUGAACUGGUAUUUAAAGCUCAGUUACCAGCCCUAGGGUUCACCACUUAUUUUGUAGAGAAAACAAAGACCGAGAAACAUAAUAGCGAUACAAAAGUGGUUAUGAAUGACAUGAAAGGAAAGUCAUUUACACUACAAGUGGACGAGACAUCCGGUGCACUGAAAACCAUAACAAUUAACGGAAAGACACAUAAAUUAUUGCAAUCAUUCAAAUGGUAUCAGUCUAUUGGCCUGAAUGGUCAGCCGGGCACUGAAGACUCCGGUAGCUAUAACUUCUGUCCCAAUGGGACGGCACAUGACAUGGGGCCACAAAAACUGGUGUCCAGUCAUUCAGAUGGUGGCAUACAUGAGCUGAACCAACAGUUCUCGGACUACAUCCACCAAACCGUACGUACGUAUGAGGACCAGGACUACAUUGAGUUUGACUGGACUGUGGGUCCCAUACCUAUCGGCGACCACUUCGGCAAAGAGAUAAUAACCCGCUUUGAGACGGACUUCAAAACUGAUGGCGUUUUCUAUACCGACGCUAAUGGGAGACAAAACAUGAAACGCCGGUUCAAUGAAAGCCAAACCCUUUGUAAUAAUAAUACAAUUUCUGGCAAUUAUUAUCCCAUUUACAGCAGAAUUUUCAUUAGAGAUGAUAAGCAAGAUUUACAGCUAACUGUCCUCAACGACCGGACACAGGGCGGCACAUCGCUGACUGAAGGGGUGGUGGAGCUUAUGGUCCACCGGAGGGUCUUAUACAGAGGAAUGGGAGGAAGUUUUGACAUGAAUGAGCCGGGUGUUGAUGGCAAGGGAUUGGAAAUACGGGGCAAACACUACUUGUUUAUCAAACCAAUCGCAGAGUCGCCACAACUGAUGAGAAAUCUGAGCGAAAGUCUGUUUAUGGGACCCAUUGUCUCGUUUGACAGAUACUCGUCAGUCAAAGACUAUAGCGAUAAAUAUGUGACAAGUUUUACAUCAAUCGGCGAUUCACUGCCAGAAAGCGUUCAUUUGUUAACAUUAGAGAAAUGGUCCGAAAAUGAAGUAUUACUUCGACUGGAAGACCAGUCCUCUACGUCCGACAAACAGGUUUCCCAUGAAAUCAAUUUACAGAAAAUGCUGAAAACGUUGACAAUUGUAGAGUCCGUCGAAACUAAUUUAGUGGCCAAUGAGUUGCUGUCAGAAACUAAACGUUUGGACUGGAAAUCAAAGCUCUAUAAUAAAAGUUUUCACAUAAGAAGUGAUGAGAGGAAUGGUAGUCUAGCCGUAACUUUAACACCACAACAGAUCCGGACAUUUAUCCUUACGAUUAAUAACACCUCUCAUAAGGAAGCCAAAUGUACGUACAGUUGGGUGGAGGCAACUCAGACCACAAUCCCUGGCGAGGCAUAUGUGGCCGGUUAUGAUGCGGACAAAACACCACUCAAUAUAUGCAGACAUAAAGUCAAUGACGACAUAAUCGCCGGAAAAGCCGACAAACAAUUGGGUUGUGUUUUGACAGACGGGGGACAAGAGUUUCGCGUCAAAGGGAACGACACGUUUGAGGUACUGGUGGCCGACAACGUGGAGUGGGUGCCCAGACAUGGCGAGGAUCCCGUACCCGAGCAAUCACUUGUGGUGGGCGCCAAAGUGGCCAAACCCUACAUUAAUACAUACAUCGGUCGAUGCGAUACACGAAACGCGAAAAUUGUCGGAAAAAUCGAUAACUUUUUGUUUUAUGAUUUAAAUGGCGUUGAAAUGAACGACUGUUUUAAUCACGAGAUUCUCGUUUGUAUUUAA